GUUCGGUUUUUCAAGGUGCUCCUGAAGGCCACACCGAUUAGGCCCCGGAUGCACCUGAGCGGCCAAAGGAGCUCAGACGUCUUGAUUAUUUAACGGAGAAAUUUGGAAGUCAUUGUUUGACUUUGCUAAGCAGCCUGAAAUUAAAAAUAAGUGUUGUUGUGCGUUUUCUCCGCUGUGAUGUUCAUACCUGUCAGCUUCAGGUUUUCUGCUUAAAAUGAGUGAAAGUGCAGAAGGGCACAGCAGUUGUGCCAACCAAGAGACGUCUCCACCUGCUUCACCUCGUUCACCCCCCAGCUGCAGCUCCCCGAGAACAUGGCUGCCAGUCCAAUCGCAUCUGCACGAUUCCCCGAAGAAGGAUGUUCGAAUGGAACAGGAUUCUCAGGACCGUCAGUCGAGUCCUCAAUCUCAUUUCUUUGAGGAGCUCUUCUGUACCAGCCACACGUCCAACACUGUGAUCCCUCUGGCAGGCGCCCUCAUGACCACCUCCACGUCCCAAAGCGAUGUAGUGAAACAAGGCUAUGUGAGGAAGCUGGAGCGGAACCACAGAAGAUAUUUUGUCCUGAGAGCAGGAAGUCACACCGGGCCGAGCCGACUCGAGUGGUACAAGAGCUGGGAGAAGUUCAUCGUAAUGGAGAAGUCUGCUGGUAAAGCUGCGCUGUUUGGAUCGAACAAGCAAGGGGUGAUUUACCUGAGGUGCUGUCUUGGUGUGAGCCGGAGUGGAAGCUCCAAGAAAGGCCACACAGUGGCGCUGUAUGCGAAGGAUCAAACCAUGGUGCUGGUGUUGGAGGACGAGUGGGAACAAGAACAGUGGUACCUGGACAUUAAGACACUGAUGGAUGAAGAGCAGAAGGAUGAGGAGCACAGAGAAGGGUUGGAUGAAGACGAUGAUGGGUAUUGCACUCUGCCCCCCGCUGCUUUCUUCAAAGAGGUUUGGCCCGUGACGGUGAAGCCCAGAGGGCUGGGCUGUUCUAAGCCCCUGGCUGGGGAGAGCCGCCUCUGCCUCACAGCUGUAUCUCUCGUCUUGGUCAGAGUAACUGCUUGCAGCGAUUUGCCAUCAGUUACGAUACCUUUGCUGAGUGUUCGCCGCUUUGGACACAGAGAUGGUUCGUUCUUCUUGGAGCUCGGCAGGUCAGCACCUAACGGCCCCGGAGAAAUCUGGAUGGAAGCAAGAGGAAACCCAGCAGCAGCACAGCAAAUACAUGAGCAGGUUCGCGAGACAGUAAAGGCACUACGAGCUGUUCCUGACUUCAGUCGGUCACCGACCUCCAACCACAAUCAGCUUCAGACCCUUCUGGCCUCGAAACACUGCCGACCCAUAUACAGAGAGAAGCAUGUGAAUGUGAGACCACUUGGUUCCCGUCUGGGCCUACCCCACAAACACCCAGAGGCCCAGACAAGUCCCACUAAAUGUUACCUUGAGCGCGACAAAGCAAACCCUGAAUUCACUCUCAGCGCUUUUAGGUCCCAUCAGAGUUUAAAGUCUGAGACUGGCUACAUGGAAAUGAACCAUCAUCUCAUGUCCGUGAACAUAGGGAGGGAAAACGAUUGCAGAAGUCCUGCCGAGGUGACGGGGGACCACUGCGGUGUUGCAGCCUGCGGGGUGGAGGGCUGGGAACCAGGUGAGGAGCAGAGGCCGGGGUACAUGAUGAUGUCGCCACAGAUGAGUCACAGCUCGUCUGUGCUGCCUCAGGAUGACUACAUGACCAUGGCGAGCCCUCGUAAACACCACUGUCCUGUUUACUCUUCACCCUCCUCCUCCCUUCAGACAUCAUUCAACAGCUCCUCCUACGACGGCUACUCUCCGCUGCACCCGUCACAUCAUCAGACCGUCGAGCUCAGUCCUCCACGCUGGACGCCGACCUCAGUCAAACAGUCAGAAACAGACGCUGGCCAAUCACAGACGAGCCUUGGCUGCUCCACCCGACAACAGGAUGAUGAGAGACUGGUGCAGAGACGUCUCCGAGCAUGCACCAGGGCCACUUCGUAUCCUCUGAGGGGGCUUGAUGGGUCUGGCAUGAUCGCUCCAUUUGACACAAGAGGACCCGGCUGCACCAGGCCAGUCCUGGCGAGUCCAGACUCGGGUUCAUACCCAUUCACUCAACUCCAGGCUACAUCAGAGCGGUCUGUGAGAAGAUACCGACUGUCUCUGUGUCUGCCGUCUUGCCUGCAAGCUGAGGACUGAUACGAAGUGCUUCUUUUCAUCAGUUCUUAUCGAUUUUUUUUUGUGUGCAGCUGGUGACGAGACAGUUCAUCAGAAGUGGAAGUUCAAGUUGAUGCAAUAAUACUUCUGUGUUUAAACACGGCCAGCACUUAAUCACCUGCAUGAUGCAGUAUUAUGUUUGAGAAAAAUAAAGUUUGUGAUGCUUGUCUGUAAAAGCACUAUGCGUUUACCCCUUGUUCCCAUUUUUGGUGUGGAUUUAAUAAAGCCUUGGGUUUUGGUCUAAACCACACAGCACUUGAAAAUGCCUCACUGUUGUAUAAAAGUAAUUAAAAGAAUAAAGUUACAUGAGUGCACCUUA